AUGACUAGGAGGUCCAACAAGGACAACCUAGUUGAACAUCCAGAGAUAGACAAGCUUGAGAAGCAACUUAGGAAGCAGAAAGCCCAAGAGAUGGCCGACGAAGCAGCUCGCGCUCACGCCGCUGAAGUGGCGCGCGCUCAAGAAGAAGGAAGAGAUCCACCUCCUCCUCCUCCUAACCCUGCUGGAGAUGUGAACGCACAACCCCAAGCUGGAGCACCUACAAUCGGAGACUAUGACUCUGCCGAUGCUUUCUUCAUGGAUAGAAACCCUAUCCAUCCACCACCACCUGCAAGGAAUGACUAUGAGAUCAAGCCUCAGAUCAUUGCAUUGGUUAGACAGAACCAAUUCAAUGGACUUCCAGCUGAGCACCCUCUUGAUCACAUAGAAAACUUUGAAGAAAUUUGCAGCACUACAAGAUCCAAUGGAGUCUCUGCUGACUACCUUAAGUGCAAGCUCUUUUCAUUCUCUCUUGGCGACAAAGCUUCAAGAUGGUUGAAGUCUCUGCCAGCUCACUCCAUCACCACUUGGGAUGAGUACAAGGCUGCAUUCAUCAACCACUUCUACACCAACAGAGAUCAAUUUCUGGACUGCCCUAAUCAUGGUUUCAAUGAGGGAAACCUAUGGAACAUCUUCUAUCGUGGCAUAGACCACAAGUACAAGCUUUCAUUGGACACAGCAAGCAAUGGAAACUUCAUGACCAAGACUGUUGAUGAAGCUAAGGUUCUUAUUGAGAAUCUUGCAGCUAGUGAUUGUAACAACUGUCCUGAUUAUGACCGCUCAAGCCGCACCACUACUAGCUCCCCUGAUUCUUUUCAAAUGACUGAACUCAAGAACAUGAUGGCUCAAGUUCUUAAGGGACAGCUCAAGCAUAUCAAUGCAAUAGAAGGGAUGAGUGAUGCUAAUGAAGAUUCAUCAAGAGAAUGCAUGGGAGAUUUCUCUAAUGAAGCCAAUGAAGAAGAUGUGAACUACAUUGGAAACUAUGGGAACAAGGGAUACAAUCCAAGCUAUCGCCCAAACCCCAACAUGUCUUAUAGAAACCCCAAUGUGGAGAAUCCUCAAGACCAAGUGUAUCCUCCAAGGUAUCCACAACAACAAAGACCUCCUUACCAAUCUCAAGGAAGUCAAUUUCAGCCAAGGCAAGGAUAUGAGCAGAGAUCAUCAUAUCCGCCCAAGGAGCCAUAUGCUUCUUCACCAAAUCAAGCUCCUCCAAACCAACAAGGUGGGAGAUUUGAAGGAAUCCUCCAACAGAUCAUGGAUGGCCAGAAGAGAAACACUAAAGAGAUGUAUGAGAAGAUGGACACUUUGUUCAGCAAUCUCAACACCAAGUAUGAUGCUGUUGCCACUCAUGUGAAGAAACUAGAGACUCAAGUCACUCAAACUAUGGAAGCUGUUAAGAGACAGGAAGCUGAAUCCAAGAAGUCCUUUUGCAACUCAGCCGCCAUAGAAGAAAGAUUUGAAGACCAAGUUCCAGAAUGGAUGCUUUCAAAACCUACUGUUGAUUGCAUGAUUUGGCCUGAAGAGAAUUACCCAGAGAGAGAGUCCAAUCGAGCUAGAAAGAGAAGACUCUUCCCAAAGAUUAUCCCCAAGACAGACUAG